AUGGCGAGCCUCUCGAGGGGCUUCUGUCUCCCCGGGUUAAGACCCCUCCUCGUUCCACGCGCCGAGUCCGUCCUCCUCCGAUCCCGCUUCUUUACCACAUCCCUCCUUCGAGCUGCCGAACCUGCUGUGAAAGCAAAGCGAUCUCCCACGGCUUCAAGGGCCGCUGCUGCUGCAGCUGCUGCGUCGCAAAUGGCCCCUAGUCGAUAUGCCUUCAUCAAAGGUCUUGCUUCAAAGACUACUCCGACAGUCCUCUACGAAGGCCCCUCACACUUUUGGUUCUACUUUGGUUGCUGGACUAGCGGAAUCUCGCUACUCGCUUGGACAGGUCUCACUGCGCAGUAUACUGUAGAGCAACCCGAGGGCGUUCCGAAAUGGAUUGGUGUGGUGUUUGGUGUAGCUUAUCUCCUUCUCGCUUCUAUGGGAACCUUCAUGAUCACGAAAACUCCCAACAUUGUCAGCAAGAUUCGCAUUCUUCCUCAACAAGCAGCAAAGGCCGCUGCAGCUACGCCCGUACAGAUGGAGGUCACUGUCAACAGGAUGGUUCCCAUGCUCAAGCCCAAGGUCGUUGUUGCUCCCUUGAAUGAUGUCACUCUCAAGUCGCGCUUCUCACUACCGGACGAGUAUGUGCCUCAGCUGAGGCGCAUAGAGCUAGAGCAAAAGGCUCAAGAGAAGCGUAAAGAACUGCACAAGUACGAUAUGCAACACCUUUUCACAAUGCCGUUCCGAAGGAUGGGUCGAACUCUGGCUGCCAUGUUCAACGGCGUGAAGUCUGCCUGGACUGAUAUGGGCUUCGGUAUCAUCAAAGUUGACGGAAAGAGUUACAAAGUGGAUGUAACGAAGGGCUUUGCUCACGAUGGAUUCAGGACGUUGGAAAAGCUUGUGGAAAUCAAGCCUUAA